UAUUUGACCUUGUUAGAGUCUGCUUCCAAGAAUUUUUUACUAGUUUAUGUAAAGAAAGCCUCGAAUUUCAAAGCGACAAAGUUUGGGCUGGAAUGACCUUGGAUUCGAUAGGUCGCUUUAGUACCGAGAAUAAGCUACGUCAAGCUCACGAUUAAAAUGACUCAUUCUAAUUUUGAGUUGACGUGCUCAAACUUUGUUUGUGUUUGAGGCUGUUUCACAGCUUUGCAGCAACCGGCUUUGAGAUUCCUGUCGAAUCUUCAACGAGGGUAUGUCAGUUAGAAAAACUUAUGAUCCGCUAACCGUAAAAAUUCUACUGAAACACGGAUGAAGAUAGUGAAAGUUACCACCUCACGAGAGAACUGGCAUAACUGAUCGUUCUAAUUUCUCUUGCAAAUAUGGCUUACUACAAAUGACGCGUAGAACUUCCACAAUUAAUUGAGCGUCAUAAUAGCGAAUGGAAAGAAGAAAAGGACAACCAACAAUAACUGAACAAGUUAGGAAGACUACAGCCAUGGGUACGGGCGCUUCUACCGUCGAAAAGCAUGAAAGUACAACAUCUAUGGUCAACUAUGAACCCAGGGACCCAAAAAGUGUUAUGUUCAAUAGUGCUCGCACAGGAAAUGAAAAAGACCUGACCUUAGUUUUACAGCAAGGAAUGGAUCCAAACGAAAGAGAAUCGCAAUUUUCGAGGACAUUGAGCCGUUUCCUCUGCAUGGCUGUAUUUAUAAUUCCCCUCUUUUCUCAUAGCUUACGAGCGCUGCAUUUUACUGCCCGCCACGGUCACUCACACUGCUUGGAAAUUCUCAUAAAAUACGGCGCAGACGUGACAGCUGAAGAUUUCUACGGCUGGCAAGCUAUACACGAAGCCGCACUUAACGGCCACAUCGACUGUCUUGCAUCAUUAUUAGAAAAAGGUGCAAAAGUGGACUCUGCCACGUAUAAUAACAAUGGCCCCAACACGCCGCUUCAUUACGCUGCAAGGCACGGCUAUGUAGAAAGUGUGCGACUGCUUUUGAUGUACGGCGCUGAUUGGAAGAGCGUCAAUAAUUUUGGCGAGACGCCACUGCAUUGCACUGCUAUGCGUGGGUACGUGGAUUGCAUGCAGACACUUGUGCGAGCAGGAGCCGAUAUCAACAGUGAAACCCGCGAUGGUCUCACCCCUGCAUACUUCAGCGCUGUAUGUGGUCAUUCAAGGUACCUUAAAGAGGUAAUAAAACAAGGUACGGAUAUCAACAGGAAGUAUAAAGCAAUCCAGACAACCUUGUUACACAAAGCUGCAGAGGCCGGUCAAAUAAAGGUCCUCAAGGCCCUUUUACGUAGGGGCGCUAAUACAGAAAUACACUCUGGAUCACAGUCUUUUACCCCAAUACACCUGGCAGCGCGCAUGGGUCAAGACAAAGGAGUGGAAUUACUAAUAAAAUACGGUGCAAAUAUGGAAGCGUUGUCAGCUAAGGGAUACACACCUCUCCAUCAUGCUUCACGCUGUGGGAAACUUGAAGUCGGAAAGGUGCUGAUCGCGUCUGGAGCAAAUAUCAAUGCCAUUUCAGAAGCGGACCACGAGACACCAUUGCACAUGUGCGUCCAGAAGCAUGACAGGGAGUUUACAAAGCUUCUUAUUAAAGCCAAUGCUGAUCUCAACAUCCGGGAUAGUAGAGGCAACCGACCAAUAGACAUGAAGCACCUUAACGAUGAUGUAGUCAACAUCCUCAGGGCCGCCAUGUUUGAAAAGGAAAGAGUGAACACAGCGACAACAAGCUGAAUUUUAAUUUCCCCUUUUUUUAUUUAAUGAAACUACCUUAAGACAAGCUUGUCCCAAAAUCAUUACUUUGAAGUGUUAGACGUCAUAUUAAUUGUAUUGUAUUACAUCUCUGAUCUAUCUUAUUUAUAAUAAAAGAUAUUAC